AUGUCUAAGUCUCUGAAAAAGUUGGUGGAAGAGAGCCGGGAGAAGAACCAGCCGGAAGUGGACAUGAGUGACCGGGGCAUCUCCAACAUGCUGGAUGUCAACGGUUUGUUCACUUUAUCCCACAUCACUCAACUGGUGCUGAGUCACAACAAGCUAACCACUGUGCCACCAAACGUAGCAGAGCUGAAGAACUUGGAAGUGCUUAACUUCUUUAAUAACCAGAUUGAGGAGCUGCCCACACAGAUCAGCAGUCUCCAAAAACUCAAACACCUGAACCUUGGCAUGAAUAGGCUGAACACCUUGCCCCGAGGAUUUGGCUCGCUACCAGCCCUUGAGGUCCUUGACUUGACUUACAACAACUUGAAUGAAAAUUCUCUUCCAGGAAACUUCUUCUACCUUACCACCCUGCGUGCACUCUAUCUAAGUGACAACGAUUUUGAAAUCCUGCCGCCAGAUAUUGGGAAGCUCACAAAGUUGCAGAUACUCAGCCUUAGGGAUAACGACCUGAUCUCACUGCCUAAGGAAAUUGGGGAGCUUACUCAGCUUAAGGAGCUCCACAUUCAGGGGAACCGCCUGACCGUUCUGCCCCCAGAACUAGGAAACUUGGAUUUAACUGGUCAGAAGCAAGUAUUCAAAGCAGAGAACAAUCCCUGGGUUACUCCAAUUGCUGACCAAUUCCAGCUUGGCGUGUCUCAUGUUUUUGAAUACAUCCGUUCUGAGACGUACAAGUACCUCUAUGGCCGACACAUGCAGGCAAACCCAGAACCACCAAAGAAGAAUAAUGACAAAUCAAAGAAGAUCAGCCGGAAACCCCUGGCAGCCAAGAACAAAUAG